AUGCGCAACAGUUAUUCAAACGGUUGGACCCAACAUUCUGUAACCGGUAAUAGCAGGUCCCCUCCACACUGGAGUGUCCCCCGUUUGCGGGCUCCACAAAGAUGUGGGUUGAUGCUGGAGGACGCACAACCCAGGGGGUUGGGUCCACGGUACGGAGAUCCAAUGCUGGCAAAUUACCAACCUGUGAUACAAAUGGCGGGACAGUUCCCCUACGCCAGUGGCUUCAGCCAAACGAGCUUUUCAAGUUUUGGUGACUUUUAUGCAGGGAAUGGGACUCAGACAACAUCACCUUCACUCGGAGUCAGUCCUCUGGCGCCCGCUGUGAGAUAUCCAGCGGUUACCAUACCAAAUUCCAGGAUAAAUGUUCCGACCACGACUUCGCAAUACUCUUUAAGUUCGAUGUCUGCAAGUUUCCCUCUAGUUACUUCCACCAAUAUUGUGUUUAAUAGAGGGUAUAGAGAUACCCAAGAAAAAGGUGGCUUAAACUCAUCAGAUCUGGGUGAUUCAGAGAGACAGGAAGAGAGAUUACGGAACCAUGACCUUUUCAGUGGUCAUCAGGAGGGUUCAUUUGCGUCACUAUCGCUUAGGGAUCCUUUACUGGUUUCUCUUGAACAACAAGUGGCUGAAAUCGAUAGAGUUCUUAAAGAGCGAGAAGAACGGACCAAAAGGCAGAGAGAAGCAGCGCAAAGACAUAAGGAGAUAAGGGAAACGAGGCAAAGAGAGGCAAGAGAAGGAAAAGAGAGAGAAGAAAGAGAAAUGAGAGAACAAGAGGAGAAAGAAAGGAGAGAGAGGGAACAGAGAGAAACAAGAGAAAGAGAAGAGAGAGAAACGAGAGAGAGGGGACUGAGAGAAAUGAGAGAAAGAGAAGAGAGAGAAACGAGAGAGAGGGAACUGAGAGAAAGAGAAGAGAGAGAAACGAGAGAGAGGGAACUGAGAGAAAUAAGAGAAAGAGAACAAAGAGGAACGAGAGAGAGAGAGGAUGGAGAAAUUAGAGAAAGAGAAAACAGAGAAGGAAUGGAGAGAGAAUUGGGUUGGCGAAGAGAAGGAGAAACAAGGGAGACAGAAGAAAUAAUAGUAGAAGGGAACCAACCAAUUCAGGAGACUCCUCUAUGGCAGUGUGAACAUUACCAGCGGAGAUGUAGUGUCAAGUUUCCAUGUUGCGGAGCGUUUUAUCCGUGCCACCGCUGUCACAAUUUAUCGGGGACAUGUCCUGCUGAUGAUAAGAAGGCACAUCAUGCGACACAUGUCAAAUGCGGAAAUUGCGGACGCGAAGAAGAGAUAAAUGAAGGGAGUCAAACCUGCAGACGUUGUGGCGUAAAAUUGUCAGAAUAUUUCUGCCCAAAGUGUAAGCAUUUUACGGGAGUUGACAAGAACCCCUUUCACUGUGCGAAGUGUGAAAUCUGCCGCAUUUACAAGGACAGAUCCUUUCACUGUGACGUGUGCAAUGUUUGCUUGAACAAGGGACUGGAGGGAAAACACAAAUGUCGGCCGAAUUCAGGACAUGACGAGUGUUGCAUCUGUUUGAAGGACGCGUUCAGCAGAUGUCAGAUCUUGCCAUGCUCUCACAAGGUUCACAGGGAGUGUGCUAUUGCAAUGAUACAGAAUGGCGUACGUAAUUGCCCAAUAUGCCGCCACCCUCUGUAUGGUCAGCUCCAGCAGUAACUUCUUUGACUCUCAAAACACAAUGAUCCAAGCCAUGAUGGUGAUCUUAGAAGAAUUCUUCACUAACGAGUGCCGGUUUAAAUAAUAGCAUCAAGAAGUUUGUACUUUGCGGGCGGUUGCUCGCUAACGUUUCAUCUGAUACUAACAAGUUUAAGAAAAUGAGAAAAACGCCUUUAAUUAAUUAUUUUGUACUAAUUUUAAAUCAGUGCUGACAGGAAAAUGAGCGGAAUAUUUAUACCAAGCUGCAGAUAUAUCAGAAAGUUAAAGUAUAUACCUUCCAGAUAAGAAAAAAAAAA